GUGGCCCGGGCAAACCCAGGACGGCGUUGCACCGCUGGCUCCCUGGAGCGCGGCACGAAUGGUUUUGGAUGACUCCCACGAUCAAGGUGCUUAGAAAGUUUACCCCACCGAGAGUGAGGUGCUUCAUCUGACAGCCCCAGGGAGCGCAGAGGAGGAGGAGAAAAAGGAGGAAGAAGAGGAGGAGGAGGGCGGCCGCACUAUGGGGCAUCGGGUCCUAAGCUGCCUCGGCCAGGGGCUGGAGGUACGAGCGCUUGCCCCCUGCCAGUGAGAGCUGGGCCCCCGAGCUCGGGACCCUGAGCCCUGGCCGAACUCAGUCGCCUGCCCCAUCUCUCCGGGUCAGGAUGGGCUACGCCGACCCCUCGGCCAACCGGGAUUUGCUCGGGAAUCGAACUUUGUUCUUCAUCUUCAUCUGCGCCUUUGCCGUGGUGACCUUGCUACAACAAAUCCUAUACGGCCGAAACUACAUCAGGAGAGGACUGCAGUUUAGCUGGCACAGUGGGGAGGAGAUGGCCAACUGGACCAACGGGCCCUCUAAUGUCACGGAAGACAGAGCAUUGCAGAGCAGCAGUGACACCAGCACCAGGUACUUUGAAUUUUAUGAAGGGCCUUUUGAAUAUAACUCCACCAGAUGCCUGGAACUUCGCCACGACAUCCUGGAGGUGAAGGUGCUGUCCAUGGUGAAGCAAUCAGAGCUGUUUGACAGGUGGAAGAGUCUCCAGAUGUGCAAGUGGGCAAUGAAUAUCUCAGAAGCCAACCAGUUCAAGUCCACUCUUUCCAGGUGCUGUAAUGCUCCUUCCUUUCUCUUCACCACCCAGAAAAACACCCCUUUGGGCACAAAGCUCAAGUAUGAGGUGGACACGAGUGGCGUCUACCAUAUCAACCAGGAAAUCUUUCGCAUGUUUCCCAAGGACAUGCCAUACAAUCGCUCUCAGUUUAAGAAAUGUGCAGUCGUGGGGAAUGGAGGCAUCCUGAAGAACAGCCGGUGUGGGAGAGAGAUUGAUAGUGCAGACUUCGUGUUCCGGUGUAAUCUACCCCCGAUCUCAGAGAAGUACACCGGGGACGUUGGGGCAAAGACUGAUGUUGUUACUGUGAACCCCAGCAUCAUAACAGAGAGGUUCCACAAGCUGGAGAAGUGGAGGCGACCUUUCUACCAGGUGUUGCAGGUCUACGAGAAUGCCUCGGUGCUUCUUCCGGCCUUCUACAACACCCGUAAUACCGACGUUUCCAUCCGGGUCAAGUAUGUGCUGGAUGACUUUGAGUCCCCACAGGCGGUCUACUAUUUCCACCCUCAGUAUCUGAUCAACGUGUCCCGCUACUGGCUCAACCUCGGUGUGCGUGCCAAACGCAUCAGUACGGGCCUCAUCCUGGUGACAGCAGCUCUAGAGCUCUGUGAGGAGGUUCACUUGUUUGGCUUCUGGGCCUUUCCCAUGAACCCCUCGGGACUCUUCAUCACCCACCACUACUAUGACAACGUGAAGCCUCGCCCUGGCUUCCAUGCCAUGCCAUCCGAGAUCUUUAACUUUCUCCACCUGCACAGCCGGGGCAUCCUCCGAGUCCACACAGGCACCUGCAAUUACUGCUGAGGAGGCAGGCAGCCGGCUGGCCUGUCCUUCCAGCCCUCUCCUCUCUUCUUUCCUUCCAGCAUCAGAGGACAGCCGGAAACAUCCUGUGGAGAAGAGGGCCAAGCCCAGCAUUUAUGC